AUGCAGCUGUCACUAGCCGUCUUGGUCGCCUGUCAGGCAGCGGCUGUCGCUGCUUCCUUGUUAACUCCGCCUGUCCUUCCACUCAUUGUGCGAAAUCCCUAUCUUAGCACCUGGUUUGGUGAUGCCAGAGAGGCCCCUUGGAAGAAAUGGCCCAUGUUUUAUACCGGAGAGGAGGUAGGACUUUCGUUGAUGGCCCAAGUCCCCAGUCAAGGUGCGGUCUACCCUUUACUAGGCAAGCCGCAUGAAUCUUUGUCUUCGAGGGAAAGCUACAAGAUCAAGUACCCUGAGUACCUCGGCCACAACUACGAUGCGUCCACAACCAACUUGACAUACCACAUUGACACCGGCUCCGCGGACCCCAUAGACAUCACCGUGUCUUUCCUUUCCCCAAUCACUCCAUCCUCGACUUUGCGACAGUCGAUCCCGGCCUCAUACGUCACAAUUGACGUCCAGGGCGAGGUUGAUGUAAAUAUUUAUAUGGAUAUCGAUGGCCGUUGGGUCAGCGGGGAUACCCAUAGCAAGAUCAAAUGGGGCUGGGAUAAGCUCAAGAAUCCCCACGAGACGUCUGACUCUGAUCUCCAGAGAUGGCAAAUACACCGUGAAACCGAGCUUGAGUUGACCGAGACUCGCGACCGAGCCGAAUGGGGUACACUUCAUUUCACUGGACCUGCUAAUGUGAACUACCAGUCUGGUGAUGCAGUUGGUGUUCGUCGUGGCUUCGCUAGCAGCGGCGCCUUGCAUAACGCCAACGAUAAAUCGUUCAGAGCUAUUCAGGAUCGGACACCUGUGUUCGCAUUCUCGAAGUCAUUCAACUUGGGCCAGCAGUCAAAGACCUACUCUGACAGUGUCACUUUCACCAUUGCUCUUGUUCAAAUUCCUGUUGUGCAGUAUGCGGCAGCUCGUGGACUCACCAUGAUGCGACCUUUGUGGGAAUCGUGGUUCCCUACAACAGAACAGCUUCUGAGUUUCCACUACAAGGACUACGCUCAAGCUAGCUCUCUGGCUUCCAACUACUCACAGCAAGUGGCGAAGGAUGCCUAUCUGUCGGGUGCCGAUGACUAUGUCGACAUCGUUGCCCUAACCGCGCGCCAAGUCAUGGGUGCAACCACCUUCUCGGGAACCCCAGAUUCUCCUAUUUUGUUUCUGAAGGAGAUCUCCUCGAAUGGCAACUUCCAAACCAUCGAUGUCAUCUUCCCGGCGUUCCCCUUCUUUUUGUACACCAACCCCAGAUGGUUGGCUUACCUCCUGGAGCCGCUGAUUGAGCACAUGUUGAGCGGACAGUACCCUAACAAGUAUGCGAUGCAUGACUUGGGCACACACUUCCCUAAUGCCACCGGCCAUUCUGACGGAAACGAUGAAUAUAUGCCAGUGGAGGAGUGUGGUAACAUUCUCAUCAUGGGUCUGGGCAUUGUGAAUUCGCUUCUGUAUGAGGACUCUGCUGCAGCCUCGUCCAUUUGGUCAACACAGGGCUUAGCCUCGCCAAGCAUCGAGAGCGAGUCUUCCGGAAUCUUCCCUCUUGGCGACUUGCAGACGCUUUCUGGCAUUGCCCACCAGGACGGUAAAUGGGGUGGCGGUCAGAACGGCCGGCACCAGGCAGAGAAGUGGGUGAAACGAAGCUACCGUCUUUGGAAGCAGUGGACUGGAUAUUUGGUGGAGUUCUCUCUUGAGCCAGCCAACCAGCUUUCUACCGAUGACUUUGCUGGCUGGCUAGCUCUGCAGACAAACCUCGCAUUGAAGGGUAUUGUCGGUAUCAAUGCUAUGAGUAAGAUCGCCAAGGUGGCUGGUCACGAGUCCGAUGCGUCAUACUUCAAGGAAAUCGCCGAUGACUACAUCACCAAAUGGGAACAAUUCGGCAUGUCUAGAGAUGGCUCUCACGCAAAACUUGCCUACGACUGGUAUGGCUCAUGGACGACCAUCUACAACUUGUACGCCGAUGCCCAGCUAUGCUUCCAUCUGGAGGGAACCGACACAGACAAGCCUGGUUUCGUCCCACGCCACAUCUACCAGAAGCAGUCCGUCUGGUAUCACUACGUGCGCCAGAAGUACGGUCUCCCCCUUGACAGUCGUCACCUGUAUACCAAGACAGACUGGGAGUUCUUCUCCAUGGCCGUCGCCUCCAAGCCAGUGCGUUCUGAGAUUCUCGACUCCGUCGCUCGCUGGGUCAACGAGACCGCCACCGAUCGUCCCCUUACAGACCUGCACAACACAGAAGGCGAUGGUGGCUUCCCUGGCCCUAACUUCUUUGCUCGGCCGGUUAUUGGUGGCCACUUUGCUUUCCUCGCUUUGGAACGUGCUUGCGGAGGUCGUGCCAUGCCUGGCCUGUCUUUCCUCGACGACGUCGACGAAGAAACCUUGGCAACCUGGAGUACAGACGCCCAGUCUGCGGCGGCACAGUUCACCGAGCCUUGGAUCCAUCGUCAACGCGAGGGUGAGCUGUAG